CACGCAACUCCGGGGUCCGGGUUCUGGCUCGCCAAACCCUAGCCGCCGAGUGCCGCCCACCGCCCGCCCGCCCUCCGCCGCGCGUCGGACGGUGCCGAGGGAAGAGGCACCAUGAGGUUGGAGAAGUGCUGGUUCUGCUCCUCUACCAUCUACCCCGGCCAUGGAAUCCAGUUCGUCCGCAACGACGCCAAGGUCUUCCGCUUUUGCCGGUCAAAGUGCCAUAAAAACUUCAAGAUGAAGAGGAACCCUCGUAAGGUUAAGUGGACAAAAGCAUACAGGCAUUUGCAUGGCAAGGACAUGACCCAGGAUACAACCUUUGAGUUUGAGAGGAAGAGGAACAGGCCCGAGCGCUACGACCGCAAUUUGACGGAGCAGACUCUGAAGGCUAUCCCGCUUAUUGCAAAGAUUAGGCAUGACCGUAUGGGAAAACACAUCUCAAACAGACAUAAACCUGGUAAACGCAAGGAGAUGGAAAAGGACUCCAAGGAGCUGGAGCAGGACAUCGGCAUGCUCCCGAAGAAGCUUAUUAUCAACCAUCUCGCGGCUGAGAAAACGAAGGUCAAGGUUGAAGUUGUUCAGCAGCAGACAGAAGAUAACGCUAUGGAAGAGUAGUGCGUGGCAUUUUGUGUGCUUGUGUUUUCAUGUCUGAUGCAGAUCCUUUUGUAUUUGCGUAAGAAGCUAUGUAGUUGAUGAAAGAUGUUUAUUUGAUAUAUAUAUUAAUGGAUGGAUUCGUGGACUGAGUAUCAGCAAGUUUGUUGUUCUGGAAUGUAAGCUUGCUCUGCUUAUGCUAUAAUUGUCUUGUCAGGAAAGUCUCAAUCCUG